UCUGAUUGUCGCCCCCUGGUGCUUCGGCGGCUGAGUGUACCCAUUUCUUGUGCUACGGGAUGUGGAGCGUCUCUCCUACAUCGGCUCUGGCAAAACUGAGCAACUUCUUCCUUCAUUUCCUGGAAGGAGGAGCCAUACACGAAGCAGCAGAAACCCGCCGGCUACAGAGGGCUGCUAGCGGGCAAACGGCACCGUGAUUCCGACCGUUAAUUGGGAGUUAAGAGCCUAACUCGGAUGCCUCUAUGAUCCAGCUAACCGUACAGCGAGAUAUACAGAGUUCAGUUUGCACAAGAGGUGAGCCAUGGCUGAACCAAACUCCUCCCGCCCCCAAAGGAAGAUGUCCACCUCUGGGGAGAGUGUGUACAAGGUGCUAGGUCUGGAGAAAGGAGCGUCUGCAGAGGAAAUCAAGAAAGCGUACAGAAAACUAGCACUGAAGUACCACCCGGACAAGAACCCAGACAACCCAGAGGCAGCGGAGAAGUUUAAGGAGAUCAACAAUGCGAACUCAAUUUUAAAUGAUGAGAACAAGAGGAAGAUUUACGACGAAUAUGGCUCCAUGGGCCUUUAUGUGUCCGAACAGUUUGGAGAGGAGAGCGUCAAGUACUACUUUCUCAUGUCCAAAUGGUGGUUUAAGGGUCUGGUGCUGUGCUGUACAUUAUUCACUUGCUGCUGCUGUUGCUGUUGCUGCUGUUUCUGCUGCGGGAAGUGCAAACCUCCAGAUGACGAUGAAAACUACCAGUACGUCAACCCCGAAGACCUGGAGGCCCAGAUCAAAGCAGAUCAGGACGGAGGUAACACAGUAAUCAUAGGCCAGCCUACAUCUAAUCUGGGUCCAGAAACCCCAGAAGGAAAGAGCAUGCCCAUCCCCCUGCCUAUGCCAAUGCCGCCACCUGAGCCCCAGUCGCCAACUUCAGUCAACCCAGUAGUGGAAGAUAGACCUGGGGAGAGCGUACCAGAUUUAAAAUGACUUGAAAGUGAUGGUGUGGAUAAGCCUCAACUAGCAAAAGCAGGAAGCCUUCUGCGCCCCUCUUAUGACCCAGCCACAUCUGACUGCUGCCAGCGACCCCGAGAGAAACCAGCCCGCUGUCACCAGCCAACCCACAGUUCAGGCCUGAUCCACCCAGACCUACCCGAGCCACCAAACAAACCCUGCCAGGUGGGCACUGAAAUGCUCCCGGCUCCCUUCAUGGAACUUAAAAUACGGAGAAGUAUUCACGCAGAUUAACCUACUAGAUGCUACGAGCGUCAUGGAGGAUGAUUUCAGGCCAGCUAUUAAGACCACAAGCCAUCCUCUAACAAGUCUCCGCUCUUCUUCCACCUUCACACAUGUCCAGCCUGGGCUGGAUGUUACCUUGAUAGCAGUCCAGUUAUCCAGGGCUAGGCUUAAAGUCCAUCUCUUCUGGUCAUUCCAUUCUAACCAGUAAAGGUCUGACACUGGCCAGCAAAAUUGCAAAAAUGGGGACAUGAGGGCCGAAAAAAAAAAAAAAGUCACGUAGAGGUGGCUUUGAUUGUUUACCUGCUAUCCAAACCGGGACUGGAACUUAUUACCUUUUUUUUUCCUGUCACAAUCUUAACCGCCUCCCAUCAUGUUGGACUCCAUUGGUCACCAGCAGGAGCACUUAUUUUCUGUUUUCCCUCGUUAACCUGCCUAGGAGUUGCCCUCUGAAGAAACCCAUACACGUUGGUGGUAAAUUCAUUGCCACUCUUUGUGUGUUCAUAUCAGUGGCAAGACAAGAACUACACAUUUCUUCUUCUUCGUGAACAAUCGCAUUUAGUUAAAUGUUGCAUUGUCGUCCUCUAAUGUCUCAAACUAGUCCCAUCGAUGGUUGUGUAAAAAAAAUAAAUAAAUAAAAAAUUAAAAUAACCUUCAGAGGCGGCAGGAAGUCUAACAGAUGCUUCACCAUGUAAAAAGUUUUCAAUCAGGACACUGUUACAUUUCAUUGCUUUAACAAUAAAUGUCUGAGCCUAAUCUUUGAGCUUCGAUCAGGAGUGGACUUGACGCUUCCACCCCGGCGCGCAUGCAACUUGUACGGCUGCAUGCCUCUUCUUGUACAGCACUGGAACUCACCUCAAACGACAAACAUGGGACAAUUGCUGAGCUUGCAGACAUGCAAACUGUAAAUGAACACGAGCCCUUAUGACAUCAUGUGCCACCCUCAGCGGGGAAAAAAUAAAAAGUACCCCCCCAAUAAUAAUCUGCCGACUGAAAUGGACAAUUACAGAUGCCAUAGUCUUUUAACUAGAAAUAACUUUCUGUUAGAUUUACUUAUUUUUUUUAUAUAUAUAUUGCGGGUUUUUUUGUUUUGGUUUUUUUUUGUGUUGCAGUCAGAUUAUUCGGUAGACCAAAGCCGACAGCUUCAUGUAGCCCAGGCCGAUAGUUUCUAGAAAUGCCAUUUGCUCUGUAAGCCACGGUUCAGAUUGUCAAAGCUGUGUGUAUAUUAUACAUUUCAGUCUAUGCACCGUGUCAGACGGGUCUGUUGCCAUUUUUCUUCUUUUAUUGUACCUCUUACAUUCAGAACUGCAGAAACCCUGAAAGUUACUUGAUCUAUGAACUCAGCUCCAGAUUCACUAAGACUAGAUUGCAGGGCAAUCUCUUGAUUUAAUUGCACCACUAUUGCUUUCUAUUUGGGGAUGCUUUGGACAUUUAUUUGCAGCCUUUAAAAAGAGUAAUGAGCAAGCAAUCAACCAUCUUUACUGCAAAUUUCAGGCACUCGCCCUUUGACUGCAGGACUGAUCCAUUCAUUCCUGCAUCCUUACUGAUCUGUUCUUAGUUUCUGGGCAGGAAAGUCCUCCUUUAUGUACUAACCUGACCCUGGCAGCGCUGUACCUUCAAGAAUAAUUGCAGCAGUGACUAAAAAUACAAGCCCCAAAUGCACUCACUGUUGUCUGUUAUUUUGCAGAAUCACCCAGGAAUACUUUGUCUAAAGUAAUUCAAUGCAUGAGCACGAUUGAUUAAAUCUAACCUGAAGCAUUCGGCUCUCCUCUU